AUGCCACAUUAUGAAUUAGGUGAUUUGACAAACUAUAUAACUAAUGAUUUUUAUAGUAUUGAUUGGAGGACAAAGUUGAGUAAUAUAGCACAAAUAGUAAUUGGUCUUGUCAAUAUACAUAGUGUAAAUAUUUUACACAGAGAUUUUCAUAGUGGAAAUAUCUUUUUUCAUGAUGGGUAUUUUGUAUAUUUAGGUGAUUUUGGAUUAAGUAAAUCUGCAACUGAAAUUACAGAUGAUGAUAAUAACAAAGAGAAUUAUGGUAUCAUUCCUUAUAUGGAUCCAGAGACUUUUAAAGGAAAAAAGUAUACCAAAGAAUCAGACAUAUAUAGUUUAGGUAUGAUUAUGUGGGAAUUUAUGACAAGUAGAAGACCUUUUUGGAAUAGAAGUCAUGAUGCGGAACUUAUAAUAGAAAUAUGUAAUGGUUUAAGACCACCAAUUGUUACAAAUGCGCCCAAAGGGUAUAUUGAAUUAAUGAAAGAAUGCUGGCAUUCUGAUCCUAAUAAAAGACCAGUAGCUACUGAUAUUUAUGAUAGAAUUAAUAAAAUGCAUAAGCGUGAAUGGGGAACAGUAACUAAAAUUAUACAGUCGUCAGAUAUUGGGCCUGUAACAAAAAAUAAUUCAGGUGCUAUUUAUAGAAGUAGACCUUUGAGUGGUAUGAUUCAAUCUGCAAUGUUUACAAUGUCUACAAGAAAAGUAUCUAAUUAUCAUCAAAAAAACGAUAUAUCUUUUAAUAAUAAAAGAAAGUUUGACGACACUCAAAUCGAAAACAGUUUUAAUGAAGGUAAAUUUAUUAAAAAGGUUAAAUUAAUCGAAAAUGAAAAUAAUGAUUAUACUACGCAAGAAUUUGAAUUGGACAUAGAUAUAAAUUCUGAACAAUGCUUUGAUAAUGAAAGAUAUAUUACACAUGAACUUGAUUUUGAUAUAUGA